AUGGCAGCAUACCUCUCGGCAGCAGUGUCGGCCUCUCAGCUGUUUGCACGCUCAAACUUGUCGACCAAUUAUGUCAGCCAAUCCGGUAGCGCAGCCGACAGGGCAGAGUACAUCGGCCUCUGGCGAGUCUCACGAGCACGACACAGCCGCACGGGAGCAGAAGUCUCCAUAUGGGAAUAUGACAAGUCCUCUGGCGCGGUCAGAUCAUCGCAUGCCUCAUCGGCGUACAAAGGUAAAGCUCGUGCUCUCGAGCUCAUUGGCGAUACGAUGAGGAAGGAUGCUUCGAGUAUCACCCGCUUGAGACAUCCUUGUGUGCUCGAGAUGGUUGAGCAAGUCGAAGAGACCAACAAACUCAUCACUUUCGCGACUGAACCAAUCACUUCAUCUCUUCGCACUGCGCUCGAGCGACAAUCUCCAAGCAAAGCAGGCACUCACCCUGUCAGCGCAGACGGACUCGAUGAAGUAGACGUACAGAAAGGUCUCGCGUCGGUCGGCAAAGGCCUGCAAUUUUUGCACGAGCAAGCGCGACUCGUCCAUGGCAAUCUGACACCGGACGCUAUCGUCAUCAAUGUCAAAGGCGACUGGAAGCUCUGUGGCUUCGGUCUCUCUGUCUCAAUAGCGAGCGACAAUGCGGCGCAGUACGCUUUGCCGGCGUAUGAUGACCGGUUACCGAGUGUGCUCCAGCGCAACCUUGAUUAUCUCGCGCCCGAGCUCGCACUGGAUGCGCAGAUGGGCCCCAAAUCGGAUAUGUACGCCCUUGGCUGCAUACUCUUUGCAACAUGUACCGCCGGUGCUCCACCCGUUCGCAAUCUGAAUAGUGUGACCCGGCUUCGACAGAAUGCGAAUGAAGUCCAUCGGCUGCGCUCAACCUGGUCUGGGCUAGAUGCAGCUAUACAGGACGUACUAGGCCAGCUCCUCACCCGAUCGCCCACAUCACGUUUGACCGCUGCUGCCUUUCAGACUUCUGGCUACUUCAAUUCACUCUUAGUCUCGACGCUUCGAUUCUUGGAUCGCGAUUCAUUCAACGCCAAGGCCAAAGAAGAGCAAAUCUCCUUUAUGCGUGGUCUGCUGACGAUUCUCCCUCGCUUCAGCGAUAAGACGAUCAGACAACGCAUCUUACCCAGUCUGCUCGAAGAGACACGCAAGACUAGCUUGAUUCCUGUCCUGCUGCCCAACAUCUUCUAUAUCGCCAAUCGAAUGACGGCAGAAGAAUUCCAGUCGGAUUGUCUACCGUUGCUCAUGCCGCUCUUCACCGCCAGAGACGCCUCACAGACCAGCCUGCUCGCCUUUCUCGAUCAUCUCGAAAUGCUACAGAGCAAAUGUACUCCUGAGGUUUUCAGAUCGGAUAUCAUGCCUAUUCUAUACGGCUGUCUCCAAUCUGAAGACGUCACAGUCCUGCAGCAAGCGCUACGUAUCGUGCCAAAGCUAUCGGAAUCGCUCGAGUACACUGAAGUCAAGCAAGUCUUGUUCCCUCGCAUUACGACCGUGUUUAGCAAGACGACCUUGCUCGCAGUCAAAGUUGCCACUCUCAUAUGCUUUCACGCAAUGGUCACAACGCUCGAUAAGUGGACGCUGACGGAGCGUCUCGUACCUUUGCUGGCAAAGAUCAAGACCAAAGAGCCCGCUGUUAUCGUGGCCACGCUGGCAGUCUAUGAAAAGAUGGGCGACAAAUGCGAGAUCAACUCUGUCGCUACCCUCAUCCUGCCUCAGCUCUGGGCAAUGAGCGUCAAUCCGCAGCUGAGCACAGAUCAAUUUCGCAACUUUCUGCGCGUCAUCACCAGGCUCGGAGAGCGAGUCGAGAAAGAACAUCUGCAAGUUCUGCUCGAAUCGCGACCCAAUGAGCAGUCGAGUCUUCAUCAGAACGGCACAGAUAACGCUAUCUUUGCAAGCAGCAGUGGCGAGCUCGACUUUGAAACGCUGGUACGGGGAAUGGCUUCGACGAGCUUGUCGAAUGGCAAAUCUGUCGCUGCCGAUCCCUGGGACACUCCGACGGAUUCACCUAAUCUAUCUUCUCCUGCGACCGGCGUGCCCAACUAUUUUGCGCCGACGCCCAUGGUUCCGCAGAUGAGUCAGGAGCGUAUCGCGCCAACGCGACAGACUGCAUCUCGAACCGCACGCACAACCGCCACGCGGCCACUCGCUACACGACUUCCGGCUAGCUCAUUCGAUACGUCCUCCUUCGAUACGGUACAGCCGGAUGUCAACAAGGAUUCAUUCAGCAAUCUCGCUUAUGUGCCGCCCAAGAUCGCUGCGCAAUCGCCCUGGGCAACGGUCCACUCUCCUCGCGAGAGCAUGUCGUUCCCUAUCGCUGCGCCUGCGCCUGCACCUGCGCCUCAAAAUGGACUGCUCAAGCCCAUGCAACCCAAAAAAGUCAUUGUGGAGAGCAACACGAGCUCGUGGGCAGAUCUCGAUCCUUUUGCAACAAACAACGAGUGGGCAUCCUGA